AUGCCAGUGGGUUUCAAAACAAAAAUGGUGGCACCCCGACAUCCUAAAGUGGUAAAACGGGAGGAGAAAGCCGCAAAGCUAAUUCCAUCUGUAUAUGCUCAAGAAAUGUCCCAGACUACAGAAGAGCGGUUAGCAAACAAUAAUGAGAUGCAUCCACCCCGCAUCCUGGAGCUCUUAGACAUGAGUGAGACCACACAUCACAAGUUUUCCUCAUUAGAUUUGGACCAGGCCAUGUUUCAACCGUACCCAUCAGAGAUUGUGUUCCAGAACUACACACCAUUUAAGACAUACAAGGUCCCCUUAGAGCUACGAAACAGUGACAAGGUUCCUCGACUAGUAAAGGUGACUGAAGACGACUCACUUUAUUUUAAAGUGGUCAGCCCAAUAGAUGCUAGUAAGAAAGUGGCUCCUGGCAUGGCAUCUACAUUCACCAUUUUAUUCACUCCACAAGAGAACAAGGAUUACUUGCACAGACUCAUCUGUGUGACUGAACGUGAGAAGUUUGAGGUUCCUAUUUGCGCAAUUGGGCCUCGUGCCAUCUUGGACUUCCCGGAUAGUGUGCAUUUCCAAGUCUGUCCAGUCAAGUGUGUGUCCCAGAGAACUCUGCUUGUACGGAACAUCGGAAACUGUGAGGCCAAAUUCCAACUCCGCACAUGCAACCCAUUUUCCGUACAGCCCUCUAUAGGGACUCUUGAUGUUGGUCAAAGCAUGCAAGUUACUGUUGAGUUCUUGCCUAAAACCACAGGGGAUCACAGCCAGGAUUUGCUGCUGCACUACCACUCAGGCGAAGACAUCCACAUCUGCCUGUCUGGAGAUUCCACUGAUAUUAAUGUAGGAUUGGACAAGAACUUUGUGAUGGUGGAGAAAACCUACAUCUCCUUGGCUAACUACCAGAAUGUGACAAUAAUGAACAGGAGUGAUUCGAUUGUGCAUUACCAGUGGAAAAACUUUGCCAGUGAUGAUGAAGAGGAGCAGGACAAAUUAAGGCUUUUAUCAGAGAUGCAUCAAGAAGAGAAUGAAGGGAUGGAGCAGAUUCUGACAGAAUGCACUGAUCCCUCUCUUCGAGCUUGUCUUUCACGGUUUUCCUAUACCCUCCAGGAGCAACUUGUGCACACUCAACAGCAGCUAUUAUCUUUAGAUCAACACAUCAUCGUGAGGCCCCAGGAGGGAGAAAUCUGGCCCAACCGCACAGCAGAAGUCAACAUCAUCUUCAGACCCCAGGAAGCCAGGCUCUACCAGCAGACUGUUUAUUGUGAAAUCACUGGUCGUGAAUCUCGGUUGCAACUCUGCAUACAGGGAGAGGGUAUAGGCCCCAAACUGCAGUUCAGGUUUGACUCUCUAGACAUGGGAGACAUCGUCAUUGGCUCCAAACAGAGCUAUAAGCUGUUUCUGAUCAACAAGGGACUGAUAAAGGGUGCAUAUAAACUGGUGCAGCCCAGUACAACCCUGGGUCAUUGCUUUUCCAUCAACCCCUCGGAGGGCAUAAUCCCACCUGAAGGCUGCCAAACACUGGACGUCCAAUUCUCUUCUGACAAAAUAGGCAUAGUCUCUGAGGAGUUACACUUUAGUGUGGUGGGAAAACCAGAGCCAGUCAUUUUCACGUUUAGUGGGCGUUUAAUUGGCCCUACAUUCCACCUCAGCGUCCCAGAGCUCAACUUUGGGGAGGUAUCUUUUGGGUUUCCACAAACGCUGACAUGUUGCCUUACUAACACAUCAAUGGUGGCUAUGAGCUUUGGACUCCGGAUCCCCGGAGAUGGUGCUGGAGUGGACAGUAUUACCAGCAUGGAUCAGGUCUCUCAGCUGAACAGAAGUCAAUGGGGACUGGGAGACAAAACAGAAAGGAGACCUACAGAGUUUAUCUUAUCACCCAGUACUGGCACAGUUCGUGCUCUAGCUGAGAUUGAUAUUCAGUUGACCUUAUGCUCCAACACUGUGCAAGACUACAGUCUGGCUUUAGUGGUGGAUAUACAGGGUGUUGGGGAGGAGGUUUUGGCUCUCCCAAUCAAAGCUAGAUGUGUUGUGCCUGAUGUGAUCCUCGAGAAUCCAGUUCUUCAGUUCCAGCACUGUUUCCUUGGUCAUCCCUAUGAGCAAUCAGUUAAACUUGUCAAUGACACUGACCUCCCUGCAUGCUAUGGACUUCUGCCUCAGCCGUAUGAGGAAGAACCCCCUCUACUUUAUACCAGCACUCAUCCACGAGGGGUUAUCCAGGCACACAGCACAGAACAGAUUCCAUUAGUCCUUCUGGCCAAGACCGUGGGCAGCCUGCAGCAGACAGCUCACGUCGCUAUACUAGGCCGUCAAGACCCGCCAUUGGAGCUGCUCCUGUCCUGUGUUGGCCAGGGUCCUUCAGUCUCUGUCACUCCUGCCAAGCUGAACUUUGGCUGCAUUCCGGUGCUAACCGAUGUCCCAAGGACUUUACAGCUGUCCAACAACUCCCCUAUUCCAGCCCGAUUUCUUGCUCAAAUGGUGAAGAAAAGGUCUCACUGGCAUGUGCAGCCCAGUGAAGGGGAAGUUUCACCAGAAGAGAUGGUGGAAUUAAAGCUGAUAGCCCAUCUUAAUGACACAGUACCCUUCCUGGAUGAACUGUUGCUGGAAAUCCAGGACAGCCAAUCCUUUAAAAUUCCUGUGUCCGCCACAGGACAGGGCACCACCAUAGUCACUGAUCGACCAUUUGCCCCAAGCUUGGAUUUGGGAACCCACUUCAGUUCUGGCCCAUGUCAAUAUCCCUUCAGAAUCACCAACCAGGGUCGUCGCACCCACCAGUUAUUCUGGAGCACAGAGGGAUUUGCACAGCUCUACAAUAAAGACCCUAUGACACCUGACAAGUUUAGGAACAGGAAAAGCAAGAGUCCGCAGACUUGCUCAGUUCAAGAAGGCCCAGUCUUUACCCUAACUCCUGCACGUUUAUCACUUCCUCCAGGCCACACAGCUGACAUGCUGCUAGAGGGCUCCUCUGACAUCCCCAAGAUGGUUAGGGAGAAGCUGGUAUGCCAUGCCAUUGUGGGGCGUCAUUAUGGAAGAGAGUGCAUUAUGACUGUGGACAUCACGUGCCAGUUUGUCACCCCAGGAGUAGACAUCUCCUCCCAACAAAUCAAUUUCUAUGUGGAAAAGGCUCCAGAUGUGUUUCUGGUUCCACUGUAUCAGAGGCUGGUUCUAAAGAGUGUGUCUUCAUUGAACCUCUCUAUAGAACUGACCCUGCACGACCCCUUCGGCCUGUGUGAUUAUGAAGGGGAUGAGUUCACAACCUCAAAGAGUCUGGUUUUGGGCGUCGGAGCUCAGAAAGACCUGUGGGUGCGUUUUAACCCCAUGUAUCGACAGAACUGCUUUACCUAUGUGGUUGAGGAUGUGCUAGAACUCUGUUACCAUGGCCACCCACAGCAGGACAGGGUGGCAUUAAGGGGUGAGGUCCACUUCCCCAAUCUACAGUUCUCCAGCACCACACUUGACUUCGGCUGCAUCCUUAACAACACAAAAUCCCGGCGCAAACUCACCAUGACCAACUGCAGCCCACUCUACGUUUCUUACCGUUGGGCCUUCCUGGUAGACCGACAGCAAUGCCAUAUUAGGUUUUUUGAUGAGAAGAGCCGAGGGAUUGAAGGAUACGCUGGGGGGAGAAGAGAGGAGAGCAGGGAGACGCAGUGGGAGCUGUUAGAGCGGAGAGAGGCUGUUGGCAAGACGGACCCAAACAGUGAAACUGACAUAGCACAAUUGGGAGAGGAGGAAUUGGAUGAAAUCUAUCUUGGUGGCUCUGCAUCCAAUGGACAGGAACAGAAUAGGACUUCUUCCACACAAAGGCCAGCAAGUACAGAGCUCGGAACUAGACCUUUCAGUCUGACAGCCAUGGGGCAUCCAAGUGUUGGUGUGAAAGAGGUGUUUGACAUCUCAUCACUGUAUGGGAUACUGCAGCCUGGUGACACCAAGCUGUUGACCUUCUCGUUUCUUGGUCAUGCAGACAUCAGUGCUCAUGUGUUGGCAAUGUGUGAGGUGGAGGGAGGACCCACCUAUGAGAUCACACUCAAGGGUCAGGCCUCUUCUGUUUCAUAUACACUGGACAAGAAUGACAUUGACUUUGGCUUGCUGUUGUUUGAUCAUGUGGCAGAGGCAGAGAUCACUCUGAAGAACACAGGGAGAGUUGGUUUUGAUUUCUCUACUCUAUCUGGAGAACAGGGACUCUCUGUUGAGCAACCCUUACCUGGACAGCCUCUCAUCAUCCCUAGCAAGGGCCACCUAGAGCAACAUGCUGAAAUGAAACUCAGUGUAUAUUACCUGCCAGGGAUCCCUGAGAGUUUUCAGACGACCUUUCAGUUGCAAGUGGCCUUCUAUGAGACUGAGAUCAUUACUGUUAGAGGAGAGGGUAUUUUCCCUAGACUGUGUCUGGAUCUACCUAGAGACCUGGAUGAGGAGAUGUAUGGUUCAUUGCUAAUGGAGGCAAAAAAUUUGGUAGAGAGUGACAAAUCAAGGGAGGGGAUGCUGAGCCGGCAAGCCACAGGAAAAGAAGAGAUGCCUGAAGAUGACUACAUUCCCACUUAUGAUGCCCUGCUGCAGAUGGAGUUAGAGCAGCUCCUUGUGAAGGAAAAUGCAAUAGCUAUACAUAAACAACACCGAUACACUGAUCAAAGAGGAUCAACAGCAGGAUCCUCUAACAACUGGCUCAAGAAGCUCUGCAAGUUAAGUUUGCCUGAGUACAAACUGGACUUCGGCUAUGUCAUCAAUGGCAGUGUCGCGACCCACAUUGUCAAAGUAACCAACACCUGUCCAGUGGCUGUAUCUUUCAGAGCUGACAGGAACUCACUAGCAGGCACAGGAUUUAGUACAGAAUUGGACAGGGUGCAGAAUCUGCCCUUCUGUGAGACAGAGACGUUUGAAGUGAAGUUUGAUGCCAGUGGUGCCAAUCUGGAGUUGGGAAAGAUUGAUGCAGUUUUGCCCAUACAGGUGGUUAAAGGGCCCUGGGUGCAGGUGCGUUUAUGUGCGGAAGUCACCAUGCCGUCCCUCACUGUGUCGACAGACACACUGCAGUUCGACACCAUCCAGUGUGGCCUGUGUCAAGUGUCCACAAUCCAGCUGUACAACCACGGGCCAGUGCCCUGUGAGUGGAGCAUCAGACUGGUAGAACGGCCAAAGAAGAUUGAAAAGCACAUCCCACUGUACCUCAGACGACAGGCUCGGCUAAAGCAACGGCCUCUUUCAGUCGUCUUUGAGAUAUUGCCCUAUAAUGGUACACUCUAUCCUGGUGACAGAACCAACGUGCAGGUCAAAUUCAGCCCAGCAGAGGGGAGGGCAUACAGUCAGAGACUAAUGAUAACAGUGGCUCAGAGCACUCAGAAGAUCAUGCUUCUGGUCCAAGGCCAGGGCGAAGAGCCUCAGCUGGAGUUUUCCUCCUCAGAACUAGAUUUCGGGCCCAUCCUGCCCUACAGUAAAGGGAAGAUGGCUGAGGUGAUGGUCCGCAACCCUUGCUCCUUUCCUGUAGAGUUUUACUCUCUGGACUUUGACAAGCAAUACCUAGAAGAGGAAGAGAUCUUGCGGAUGUUGAAAGGAUAUGAUGCUCAAAAUGUUUUAAUUCUACCUCCCCGUGCUCCUGGCAAGACUCUGCCCGUGGAACUAUUAGACUACUACAAAGAGCACAGCUCACAGGAGCCCAAGCAGGAAUCUGGAGAGGGUUUUCCAGAAGAGAACAAAGGGGAGACAGCUGUACCCUCUGAGGGAAGAACACUUAAUGGCCUGACUAAAGACCAUGUCACUGCCGUGGGUGAUCUGGAAUACGACCCUGUGUCUAGAGCAAUUGUUCGUUACAUGGGCAUUGAUCCUUCACUAGAAGGCAAAGCUGCCCAAAAUUGCCAGGGCAUUGCCCUGAUUGUGCAUGGUGCUCCACUGUCAGGCAAAACUAGGACAGCAGUUACUCUGGCUAAGCACUAUGGGGCAGCAUGUCUCAAUGUAGAUGAGGUAGUGCUGGAGGCUGUGACAUCUGGGAGCAGGUCUGCAGGCCUGAGGGCAAGAGAACUAUGUAUCAAGGCUGCUGUGGAGUAUGCUCAGAGGGCAGUGGAGGAGGCUGCGGCAGAAAAGAUGGAAACUGCUGGUCAAGGUCCAAGUGUUCUCAGUGUUGAGGCAGUUGCCAAACACACAGCAGAGGACAGCCAGACCGGUGAGCCUAAAGUCCACCCGUCAUCUGCCUCAACCCGCAACAAAACCAGCACCACAGUGAUUUCAAAGAAGAAUGGCAGUUCCGGUCCUGCUGCUGCUUCAGUGACGGGUCAGAUCCACAGGCAUUUGAGCAUGAGUGCCAGUCAGUAUGAAGAGCUUGACCCGAUUAGCUGCUUCCUGCCUGAUGAUCUGCUGGUAGAUAUCCUAUCAGAGAGACUGCAGCUUAGCGACUGUCACCAUGGUGUUGUGAUUGACGGGUUGGAGACAAUGUACUGCAGCUCAUUAAGUGACAUGCUCCAGAUCAUCCUGAAAGCUCUCAACAGCCGCCGCCAUAUUUAUGUUAUCAACCUCUUUAACAGCUACAAUGUCCUCAAGCACAGGGAACAAGACAGGUUUGACCAAGAGCAGGAGGAGAGAAGACAACAGGAGCUUGAGAAUUUAAGAGAAGACGAGAUGACACCUAAAGAGGACAGGGAUACACCAGUACAGAUAGAUCCUUUGCCAGUUGCUGAGGACCUACAACAAGAGCAAUCCAGUGAGAGGGACAGACAUCUACUAGCCCGAUUCCACGUAUAUGAACAAAGCCAGCCGCAACUUCAACACAUUCUUGAGUUCUGGGAUCGAACACAGGGUCUGUUGUCGCAGCCCAUCUUCUUUGAGACCCAAGAGACUGAAGAGACUACAGAAUAUCUUGCCACCACUGCCAAGAAGAGCAAGAAGGAGCGAGAGAAGGAGAAAGUGGAGAAGCUGAAGGUGGAGGCUUCAGAUGUGAAGUCUCCAGCUCCUAGCCAGGCCCAUGUACCAGUGAAUGGUACUGAUGGCUCUGAAAAUAUUGUAGUGCCAGACCCCAUUCCCCACAUCUGGCUGUCUAUCAAAGAGGGAGAGUAUUUGAGUGGUUACGAGAUCACCAGAAGCAUGAAACUACCCUCCCUUGAUGAGAUCUUGGAUGAGUUAGGGUUAGGACCCAAAGGUCCACCCAUCCCUCCACCUAUAAUAUUCUCCAUAGUCCCGUACCCUGAGAAGAGAUCAGUGCCCAGCACUCAGCUCUCUGACAGUUGUUUUAUCUUUAUGACGCCCUCGUCUCCUGAGGAACUGUCUGAAGAGAAAAAAGAGGUAGACCUAGGAUCAGAGGCUAAGGGUCCUAUCACAUCUGUUAAGGAGGACAUGGCACUUGCAAACACAUCUAAUACAGACAUACAGUGGAUACAUUCUGAGGAUCCCCACCCAGAAUGCAACCAAAGGCUCACUCAUUUCCGCUGGAUUGUACCACCAAGUGAAACAGUUACCCUGAGGAUCAUGUUUUGUUCCUCUGUUCUUGGAAAAUAUGAUCAGGCUUUUAGCUUUGAGUUGAUGGGGACCAAGCGAUGUUAUCAGCUAUACUGUAAAGGAAUUUGUGCUUACCCAACUAUUAGCAGAGACCCAAAGAUUAUGUUUGCACAUUGCAAAAUGACCAUGCAGCCUGAGAGCGGGCUACAAAAGACUUACAUUAUCCAGUCUAAACUGUAUGAGUUUGGACCCCUGCUUUGUGGGAAGACGAGAGAAAGGUAUAAAAAAGGGAAAUAUCCUGAGAACAUGGAGAGGUUUGUAAUUCACAACAAUUCCCUAAUGGAGGCAGAGAUCCAUUUUUGCUUCCAGCAUGACACUAAUGCCACCACUUUCUUUCUUGACCCUCCAAACAUUACCUUGGAACCUAAUGAGCAAAAAGUUCUGAUGGUGUGGGCAUACCCUAACACCCCAAGACAUAUAGAGGACAGUGUUGUGUGCUGCAUCAAGGAGAACCCUGAGCCUGUUGUCUUUCACAUCUCCUGUGUAGGAGUCAGGCCUGAACUAGAGCUGGACCACAAGCUGCUCCACUUCGACAAGAUUCCGCCAUACAGAAAAGAAACUCGGAGUCUGUGUCUAAGCAAUAACACCCUUCUGCCAGCUGCUUGGAAGAUAAGGGGUAUGGAGAUGCUUGGGGAUGAAUUCACCGUGUCUCAGGACCAGGGGAUCAUCAUGCCACAUUCUAAGUUCUGCCUGCAUAUGCAUUUCAUAGCCAGGAAUCCCAUCAAAUUGAAAAAAGCCAUUUCUUUAGAGGUAUCUGAUGUGGAGAACAUUCUUGGCAUCAUACAACAUUCAGAAAACAUUCAGAUUAUUGCAGAGGCAUAUGAUAUUGCAGUGGACAUAAAUUCUGAUGGGUCAUUAGAUUUCGGAACAUUCAAAGUAUCAGAAGAGGUGAAACGGUCUAUUAAAUUGGAAAACAAAGGCAAAUAUGACAUAGCCUUCAAGUUUGCACUGGAGGCCACAGAGCCAGGAAUGCCAGAUCUGAACUCAAUAUUCUCCAUCACACCUCAUAGGGGCACCUUACACCCCAACAAUAAAACCACUAGUAUCCAGAUUAUUUUCUUCCACAACAAGGAGAUGUCCAUCAAAGAUAACCCAAUCCUUUGCUGUCAGAUUAUUGAGCCCAAUGUUGAGGGUGGUGAGACCAUUAAUACUAUACCAAUCAAAGUGUCAGUCCAGGCACUCUUCUCUAAAUAUAGUAUCACUCCCUCUAAUGACAUCAACUUUGGUCCCCUGGUGUAUGGCUCUCGCAAAAGACAGACUCUUACUGUGGAGAAUAAAGGGAACUUUGAGAUCCGUUUCAGCAUUAGAAUGUGUAAAAACCAACCAGGUCCUGCACAGAGGAGAGGCUUGGUGAGUAAGAAGGCAUCAAAAGACAAUUCUGUGAUGCAACCAUCUAGUGCCAGCAAAAUACGACACACUGUGCCGAAUGAAUUUGGCAUGCCGACUCAGACACAUUUGACAUUGGGUGUUUUUUCAUUGUCUCCAUGCUUUGGUGUUCUGGCACCUGGAGCCCAACAAGUAGUGACUGUGGAUUGCAAGGCAGAGCAUGUAGGUAGUUGGGUGGAAUGUCUAGCUAUAGACAUCUCUGACAGAGACCCCUCUGACAAUCCAGACGGGAUACUAUUCAAGCUGCUGGCUGAAGUGUGUAUGCCAGGAAUAGCGAAUACAGACAUUGCUUCUAUCUUUGAGGAGCACCGUAUCUGUAAGAAUGGUAGCAUGCUGCAGUGUGAGCAGUACAGGACCAGUAUGGGCGUCUAUGUUCAGGAUGAGAGCAAAUUUGUCUUCAACAGUGUGCUGGUGGGUCAGUCAGCCAAGGCCCAGAUCCGUCUGACCAAUCCAGAAAAAGUACCGUGUGAACUCAGCCUGUUGAUCAAAUCAGUCAAGCCAACAACAUCCAAUGCAGAGGUUUUUGAGUUGACCCCUACAAGGAUGUGCAUCCCCAGCCACUCUCACGCUUUUGCCACAGUCACCUUUUCUCCUUUGGCUAUGCAGACAUAUCACGCAGUGUUUGAGGCCAUUCUGAAAGGGUCUAUAAGGCCCAAAGCUCUUGUGUUUGAUCUAAUGGGUGAAGGCAACUUGCCCUGCAUCACCGUUUUAAAACCUGUUCAGAGAACUAAUCAAGGUCAGCCAGUGCUACAGUUCAAGCGCUUAGUGGUGGGUCGAGCACAGACCCUUCCAUUUGUAAUCAAGAACAAUGGCUGUGUGUCUGCACAAGUUAGCAUUAUUCUACAAUAUCACCUGGAAGUUUUCACUCUGAAAGCGGCUCCUGGCACUACAUGCAGACUUGCCUCCUCACAUAUAGAAAGCGAUCCUGGAAAAGAGACACAGGUAGCUUAUGUAGCCUCUCUGACACUUCUGGCUGGGCAAGAAGCACAAUUCCAGGUUGGUUUUCAUCCAAAGGUGGCUCAGAGGUUUGAGGCCAGCAUGAAGUUAAUGGUGCAGGAUAACCAGUAUGAUCAGACAGUGGUGCAGCUUGUGGGUGAGGGUUACCAUGACAUCAUCAUCCUGGACAACAUUGGCAGCAAAGUUCAGCAGGACAGCGUUGAAAACAUGUCUGACCUUCUGCAUUUUGGAGACUGUCAUGUGAGACGCACCUAUCAAGAAACCUUGACCAUGACAAACCCAAGCAACUCCAAGGUGCUGCGCUUUGAAUGGCUUCCUAGUGUCCCGCAUCUAAGCUUUUCCCCUCAAGUUGGCCACCUGCAUGCCGGGUGCUCCAAAGUUGUGACAGUGGCCUUCUGCUCAGAGCAGCCAGUUGUGCUGAAUGCAGAGACAAUCAAAUGUAAACUCAGCAGCAUUACCUUUCAGCAUCCUGUAGACCUGGUCCCAGACUGGGAUGAUUCUCACAGGACUGUUAAAUGGAUGGAUGCAGACAACAAGUCAUCACAACAGCCCACCAAACAGAAGGUAGUUGUGACAGACCCAGAGCCUCCUCACUCUGUGUUUGAGAACUCCUCAAGAGAGGUGGAGUUAAUAGUUAGUGCCACAUGUGAUUUCGUCCAAUAUCAAUGUGAUACUGGACCCAUCUGCUUCAAAGACACAAUGCUGUACCAGACCAGAGUUUAUCAGCUCCAUAUGGAGAACAAAGGCAGUGUUAAACUGGAGUAUUCCUGGCAGGUUCUAAUGGACAAACUUGGAAAGACUACAUGCUUUGAACAUGGAGGUAGGACCUCUCGCUCGGCUGAAGGCAGUAGGACACCUUUGAGGCCAGCAAGCUCUCUGCUGAAUGUGUUCUCACUGCUGCUUGGAGACCCAGAACUCCCUCCCUUCAGUGUUGAACCUGGUGUAGGGUUUAUCAGCCCAGGAGAGAGUCAAAGUUUCCACAUCCGGUUCUCCCCUCUGGACGUGGCUAAGUUUGAGGCCAGGUUGAUCUGCAGCAUCCCUAAUCUACAGGGUGAGCAGAGUCCAGUAAUCAGUGUAAGUGGCCGCAGUUUGCUGCCAUACUGUCAUUUCCACCUGAAGGAUUCAGACUACCUCACUGGAAAUAGGCGCAACCCUGAGCUCUACAGUCCCAUUUUCAUGGACCCCAACACCAGGGUUAUAGAGUUCACCACAGUGGGUAUCGGCACAUCUGUCCGCAGGGAAUUUUCUAUUGUGAAUCCCACAAACAAGCCAUACUCUUUCAUCUGGAGAUGUGAGGACUCGGGCGACUGUCCUUUCAACUGCCUUACACCAAACAAGUCCAUUGAGCCAGGCAAGGAAGUGAAGGUUUCAUUUGAGUACCAAGCUUUCGACCUGGAUUUAGUGGAGUCCUUCUGGACUUUCUUAAUCCCUGAAUACAACCUGUCUUUGCCCUUUCUCUUGGUGGGGACUGCUAACGAGCCUGUAGUCUAUAUAGAUCGAGCCCACCUCAAUCUGGGAAGCUUGCUUGUAGGUUUUGAAGCUCAUCAGACUGUCUUUGUGGUGAAUGGAGAAGAUCAGCCAUUCCAUUUCACCAUCCAAAAGACCUCCUGCCACUCUGAGGGCUACCAGGACAGCUUGGUGCUAGAGCCGAUGGAGGGAACAGUUCCACCCAAAAAUAAGAUUCCCUUGGUCAUAAGAUUUACCCCUACUCGGGAGGGAGAUGUGGUUUUUAAUUUAGUAGUGACAGUGCAGAGGAAGCUCCAGCCUCUGCCCUUGAACGUAAAGGGAGAGUGUUACUGUAUAAAUGCAUGUGUGCAGUUUGAGAGCCCAGAGGGAUCAAUCAAAGAGCUCUCACCAAACCAUAUUCAUUUGGUGGACUUCAAAGAGGUGGAGCUAAGUGAUAAAUCCACAUGUACCUUUUUGGUGUCUAAUCCUGGGAAAGUCAGUUUAGAUGUUGAGUAUGAUCUGUCUGGGCCGGCAGCAAUGCAGCCUCAACUGCAGGUGGAACCUAAAUUGGACACAGUGGCUGUAGGUGGACAGAGUCACUGCACUGUGACAUUCUGUCCUCAGCAGAAAUGUGUGCUCAAAGAUCUGACUUUUUCCAUUAAGAUAAAGAAUGGUCCGACGUUUUGUUGUGCCCUGAUGGGCUCUGCUUUGGCUCUAGAUGUGGAAUUUUCUUUUCUUAAGCACAACUUUGGAAUUCAUUUCAUUUAUUGCGUUGGUAUGGUACCUGCUACAAACACACUUGUGAUUAGCAACAAAAGCAAGAGAGGAAUCAGUCUAGACUGCAUGUUCUCCAACACACUCUACCUGGAAGUCAGUUUCACCCCUCAAGUCCUUCCCCCUGGCGGCUCUAUGGAGGUGCUCUUCUCAUUCUACCCACGCAAAGCAGUUCGUUACCAUGAGAAGGUGGUUUUUGAAAUUGAUAAAUGUUCCAAGCACGUGGUGGAGAUCCUGGGACAGGGCAUUGAGAUGAAGAUUAACUUAGAGGACCCAGCACAUAAGGUGGUAAAUUUUGGAGCCUUGCAGAUUGGCCAGCAGAGUCGGAAGUUGAUCCCACUGGUGAACAACAGCCACACUUCCUUGACAUUUUGUCUUCUUCGCACACCCUCUGAUUAUACUCUCCAGGACUCUACGGUCUUGUUAGUGCAUCCAGAGGGGGAGGUGACACUGAAAAGUACAGGGGGGCGCUGUGUGCUGGAGCUUCUCUUCUCUCCCAAGCAGCGCAUGUCUCCCUUCAGAGAAGAACUGCAGCUGCAGUGUCUUGGUGCUGUUCGCCCUCUGCUGGUCAUGAAGGGUUGCUGCCAGGGAGUUGAGGUCAGUCUGGACAUGGACUACCUGCAGUUUGGAGCUGUGGUUCAGCGCUGCCAAGCCACCCGACGUAUUAUCAUGCAGAACACAGGAGACAUUGGGGCUAGAUUCAAAUGGGAUGUGAGAAGUUUUGCUCCAGAUUUCAUCAUUUCCCCUGCUGAGGGCUACAUCACCGCAGGGAUGGAAGUACCCCUUGAUGUGACCUUUUCCCCCAUGGAACUGAGUCAAGAUCUUCGUUAUGAUGACCUCUGCUGCACUGUAGAGGGGGGUAAUCCUUUGAAACUCACCCUGACUGGCUCCUGCAUUGUCCCACCAGUUGCAACAGAGGUGGUGAAUUUUGUAUGUCAUGUCCGCAGUCAGUGCACUCAGUCCCUGACUCUGUCCAACCGCGUUAACCAGCCCUGGACUCUGAAAUGUGUCAUAGAGGGAAAGCACUGGAUUGGGCCUCCAACUCUCAUUCUUGAGCCCCAGCAGCAGAACACCUAUGAGAUCACAUACAAGCCCUUGGUCAUGACUGCAGACGGGGAAAGACAUGAAGGCUCUGUGUUCUUCUCCUUCCCUGAUGGCAAUGGAAUACUGUACAUAUUGUACGGUAUAGCUGAGCCACCUAAAGCUGAAAGCACAAUCACAGAAGAGAUCAAAUGCAAAACCCACCACACACAGAUAGUGCCUGUUCAUAACUGGCUGCACAGACUUCAGAGGUUCCGUGCUGUUCUGGAGUUGAUCAAACUGGAUCGUUCAGAUGCUACCGUUUCCCUGAAAGGGAUGGAAUACAUUGAUGUGCCUGCACUGGAGAAGAGGAACUACAAACUUUCCUUUUUUGCCUAUAAAGAGGGCCAGUACAAUGCUAAAGUGACGUUCAAAAAUGAGGCAACGGGUGAGUACCUAUUCUACAAUCUAAACUUUAAAGCAACAGCUCCAGGAGUGAUCAGAACUAUAGAAAUGGUGACCCGGGUGAGACAGACGACAUCAGGAUCCGUGGAGGUGGAGAACCCUCUUCUUGUGGACUCGUCCUUCUCUGUAGAGUGCCAGAAUGCAGACAUCAGUGUGCCUCUACAGUUCUUUGUGCCUGCUCAGUCUAAGGGUACACUUACAUUCGAAUACCAGCCUCUAUGUAAGAGAGAGUCCUCAGCCCGCCUGGUGUUGUAUGCCUUUGAACUUGGCCACUUCAUUUACGAUCUUCAUCUGAAGGCCCUGCCUGCACUUCCUGAGAAACCCCUCUAUUUCAGGGCACCUCUUGGCAGCAGACACAAUCUCAUAGCUAAAUUUACCAACUACUCUCGUACCAAGACUGAUUACAUCUGCAAGACAGACAGCCCGAACUUCAUUGUGGAAAAGACCAUUAAAGCACCAGCAGGGAACCAAGCAGGCACCGAUAUCAGUGUGAUGGUCCAUUUUGAACCCUGCCAGCUGGGAGAGAUCCGAAGCCUGCUCACCAUCUCCUCAGAGUCUGUAGGGGAGUACGUCUUCCCUCUGUAUGGCACCUGCAUCCCACCCAAAGCUCAGGGUCCACUUGCCAUAAGCUCAGGUUCCAGUGUCUCUAUUCCCUUUAAGAAUGUCUUUCAGCAGACCACCACCUUCUCCUUUCAUGUAGACAACCCUGCUUUCACUGUCAAGGGUGUAGAAACUGUUUUGCCCCAAAAGACCCAGAACAUACAGGUUACAUUUGAGGGCCCUCCCACUGGCUCCAAAGGCCCAUGUCAUGGAAAGCUGACCAUUUUCUGCCCACGGAUGGAGGGCCAUGGACAGGGCAUCUUCUGGGUUUACUACUUGAAAGGUUAUGAUCGAGAUCUGUCUCCAGAGACUAAAACAUCAUAAGUAGCUGCAGUGGACUUAGAGAGUUCUCUGGUUAUUCUCUGGUUAAAAUGGUUCAUGGUUAUGGUUAAAAAUGUUCAUUGAUAAAAUUAUUUUAAAUGAAACUAAUUUAAAUAUUUCGAUUUUUAUUUUAUUUUUAAUUAUAUAAUUAUAAUAAUAUAGUGCCUUUCUGUGGCAGUUCAGUUUGUUUUUUCACAUAGAUGUUUUUAUUUUUUUUAUUUUUCAACCUUAUGAUUUAAAGAAAUAUGCAUUUUUUAAACAAAGACAUAUUAAUUUAAAAGACUUCAAAAACAAUGGAAAAAUAAACAUUUCUCUU